AUGAGCGACUCCGGGGCAACAAUUAGAUGCAAUUCAACGUGGGAGGAAGUGGCAGAGACGUCGGAGGCCGGUCGAUACUCGGGCGAGGCUCCGGAGUCUCGCCAAAUAUCAUGUCUUCACCAGGCUUAUUAUCUUCUCUCCAAAAACAAUGCCGAGGGGACUCCCUCCUGCCCAACUUCUCCCGCCAAAAUAACGACGCCGUUCCGUCGGCUCUAG